AUGUCUGAGAAUGAGCAUUCUGCGGCUCAUCACGGCUCCCUCGCAACCAACAGCCCUCACCCUGACAGCACGCGUUCAUCCUCUGUUACCAUAAUUCCCACCACACCGACGCCUAUCCCGCCUAGCCGUGCUUCACGCCACAGCAUUCCCUCACGCCUCAGCAUUGACAGCUCCCAUCUUCCACCAAGAUCUUCAAGAGAUGACUCGCAAAUUUCGCCUACCACGUCCACUCGCGCUGCCAGAGGCGCCAUGUCGCCCUCCUCCACCAACUCUAAUCUCUCCCACAACGAGCGCCAUCUCCGCGAUUUCAACAACCAUCGCCGCGAUCUAGCCGUCCUUGAUCAACCCCGGCCCAACGGUUCAAUCUCCAGCAACGCCGCGGCUGCCACCCAGAUUGCGCCCUGGAUGUCCCACAGCAGUUCCGCCCCCGCCGCCCACGCCAAUUCUCUGCCCAUGAGCUUUUACAAUGAUUCUACCGAUAGCCUCUCCGCCGCUUCCCAGCAAAUGUCCCCAGCUCUACCCCCAUCGGCAUCUCGCACAGGCCAGCUUUCCGUGAGCUACGACUCGCCUGAUGCUAUCUACUAUAACCAUGACACACGGAGACCGUCUGCUGCUAGCAUAGCAACUACGACCAGCAGCCAAGGAUCCAAGGCUAGCAUCCAACGAGGCGGAUUUCGUAAGCUCCAAGGCUUCUUUGGUGAAGAGUUUCCCGGUCGCGAUAGUUCGGAGAGCAGCCUGCCAGGCUCAAUAGGAAAAGACCAACGCUCGCGCUCUUAUAGUCAUACACGCCCUGGCCAGGAGCGCCAUCACUCCAACGCUACCGACAGAGAAGGGUCGCCAGCUUCAUCCCGACCCAGAACUCCCGUGCCUGCACCCGAAGUGGUACCAUUCCUUUAUCAAGACAACACGGACAUUGCACGUUAUGGCGAGGCACCCGUCAGAGAUACCAUGACCGGGCCCGAUCGAGAGCGAUACAUAAACGAAGGCUCAUCACGCGAACCUCCACCCAAGUCCUCCUCCUCCGCUAGAUCUGGUCACUCCAUCUUGCCAGGGCAGCAUCACCAUCACCACCACCAUCGGCAUAAGAAGAGUAUUGAUGACCCCCGCGCACUGAGACCAACGACGAGCCGAGAAGACUCUGCCAAUAGCCUGCAGCAUCCUCGCGAUCGGGCCAUGGCCUCGGCUAUGUACAAGACGAAAUCAAGGGCUCAGAGCCCAACCCCCAGCGCCAACAGUGUACCCCCAUCACGAGUUGGCCAGACGGAUGGCCACGCAUCCCCCGCCCAUGGUAAGCGCGGCAUUCUAAAUCGCCUGAGGCGACAUAAAGACAAGGAUGAGAAUGGCUCGAAGCUGCGCGACUUGCCUCCAUCGACGAAAUCGCUCUCCAACAAGGUUGCCAAAACAGACUUUGGACGAACCGAAACGCCGUCGCCAGUACCACCCGAACGCGGCGCUACCAUACCCGAUGUUGCACCCCAUCGGUCAACAACGUUUAAUAACAAGUUUCCAUUUGCCACCAAAAAGAGCCGAAACUUCAAGCACGAUUACAACGAUGAGGCCAUCGGACCAACUGAGCAGCGGGCCGCCGGCAAUUUCUAUCAUCUUGAUACCAACCUUAACGACAUGGAAGGCAUUUUGACCAAGCCCCCUCCCUUGACGCCGUUAGAUUCAUCCUUUCUGAAAAGCUUGGAAGGGGAUAUAGACACUGGCUCUCCCGACCCCAAGGGUCAGUGGGAUGCGCCCGACAGCUGGGCAGUGCGCCGCAAUACUGAAGACAAGACAGAGGAGGCCCCUGAAGCUGAAGAUGCUGUCUGUCCACGCCGUCCGGAAGAAAAGCUGUCGCCCUACUGUAUCCGCAUAUUUCGAUCAGACGGCACUUUCUUAACGCACGCAAUGCCUCUCGAUUCCACCGUUAGCGACGUCAUCACGCAAGUCAUGAAGAAGACAUAUGUUGUCGACGGCCUCGAAAACUACAACAUAAUAAUGAAGAAGCACGAUCUGAUCCGUGUUUUGGCACCCCAAGACAGGCCACUCCUUAUUCAAAAGCGCCUCUUUCAGCAGGUCGGCUACGAAGAAAAGGACAGAAUUGAGGAUCUCGGUAGAGAGGACAACGGCUACUUGUGCAGAUUCAUGUUCUUGUCGGCGCGCGAAAGUGACUUCCACUCUAGAACCAUGGACCUCGGCAUGUCGCAGCAACAAAAGCUCAAUUAUGUCGACUUGUCUGCCCGUAACCUGAUCACCAUUCCUAUUGCUCUAUACCUCAAAGCGGGAGACAUCAUUUCGCUCAAUCUGUCGCGCAAUCUGUCCCUAGACGUACCGCGAGAUUUUAUUCAGUCAUGCAAGCAGUUGCGAGACAUCAAAUACAACAACAACGAAGCGAGGAGACUGCCACUCAGCCUAUGCAGAGCCGCCAAGCUUACCUAUCUCGACGUGUCCAAUAAUCGCGUUGAGUCACUAGACAACGCCGAGCUGGACACAUUGACGGGUCUAUUGAAAAUGAAUCUCGCUAACAAUCGACUGAAGCAUAUUCCGCCGUACUUCAACGCUUAUCAGGCUCUUCGAACGCUCAACAUUUCUUCCAACCUCCUGGGCACAUUUCCGACCUUUAUCUGCGAACUGCAGAGCCUCGUUGAUCUCGAUCUCAGCUUCAAUUCCAUUGGCGAAUUGCCCGACGAGAUAGGGCAGCUGAAGAACCUUGAGAAGCUGUUGAUUACCAACAACGGACUGGGUAGUGAGCUGCCUGAGACAUUCCGAGAUUUGAUAAGCCUGCGCGAGCUUGACAUCAAGUAUAACCACGUCACCAACAUUGAUAUUAUCUCGGAGCUGCCUAAGCUGGAAAUCUUACACGCCGCCCACAACCAAAUCUCCUCUUUUGUCGGCGGCUUUGAGCGCAUCCGUCUGCUCAAACUCAACUCCAAUCCUCUGAACAAAUUUGAAAUCAUUGCACCAGUCCCGACUCUCAAGAUUUUGAAUCUCUCUCAUGCUCAACUGGCGAGCAUCGAUUCCGCCUUUGCGCACAUGAUGAACCUCGAGCAACUGGUGCUUGACGAGAAUCAUUUUGUGUCUUUGCCGCAACAGCUUGGUACUCUAAGCCGACUGGAGCAUUUCAGCAUCGCCAAUAACUCUGUUGGUGAGCUGCCACCACAGAUUGGCUGUCUUACAGAGCUCAAGGUUCUGGAUGUGCGUGGCAACAAUAUCUCAAAGCUUCCGAUGGAAAUAUGGUGGGCCAACAAGCUUGAAAUCUUAAACGCAUCCUCCAAUGUGCUCGAAAACUUUCCAAAACCGGCUUCCCGUCCACCACGUGUCCCUGGGGAAGAAUCGGCAGGACCACCUCCUUCGCAAAGCGGCAGAACAGGUCCUCUUGUACCCUUGUCCUCCACACCGAGCACAGAAGAGCUUGUAGACGACAGACGUCCCAGCCAAGCGUCCAGCACGCUUUUGAGUGUUGGCCCCUCACCAACUCCAGGCGGUCCAGAUCGGAAGAGCUCUGUCGUGUCUUUGUAUGGCAAGGGCGGGCGUAAAACGUCCGUUGUUUCACGAACAGCCUCGCAGACUACCUCGUCUACUGUUACGCCUCCACCGUCCACCUCUAGAAAAGAUUCUGGACUUUCGUCGAGGAUUACGAAUACAUUUGCGGGUUCACUUCGCAAUCUGUCUCUUGCAGACAACAGACUAGACGACGAUGUUUUUGACCAAAUUACGAUGCUCACUGAGCUUCGCGUUCUCAAUUUAUCCUACAAUGAGGAAAUCGGCGAUAUGCCUCAGCGAUCCAUCAAGAGCUGGCCUCAGCUCGUUGAGUUGUAUCUUUCCGGCAACGGCCUGACGACGUUACCGGCAGAUGACUUGGAGGAAACCAGCUUGCUCCAGGCACUAUAUAUUAACGGAAACAAAUUUACCAACCUACCGGCGGAUAUUUCCAGGGCCAAGAAGCUGGCUGUUCUCGACUGUGGCAACAAUUCGCUCAAAUACAACAUUUCCAAUGUUCCCUACGACUGGAACUGGAACUUGAAUCCAAACCUGCGAUACCUCAACCUGUCAGGCAAUAAGCGACUCGAGAUCAAGCAAAGUGCGUGGGGCCCUGGAGGUCCCGGAGCAGUGAAUCGUGAAGAGUAUACCGAUUUCAGCAGACUGCUCAACCUCCGAGUUUUGGGACUGAUGGACGUAACUCUCACACAGCCCAGCAUUCCUGAUCAAAGCGAAGACAAGCGAGUACGUACUUCUGGUUCGCUGGCCGGCCACCUCCCCUACGGUAUGGCGGAUACCCUCGGCAAAAACGAGCACCUGUCUACUGUCGACUUGGUUGUGCCUCGCUUCAACUCGUCAGACACGGAAAUGCUACUAGGCUUGUUCGAUGGUCAGGCGCUUUCCAGCGGCGGAUCAAAGAUUGCCAAGUACUUGCACGAGAACUUUGGGCACAUUUUUGCUAUGGAGCUCAAAGCUCUCAAGACGCGCAACAACGAGACCCCAGUUGAUGCUCUGCGCCGAGCGUUCCUCUCGCUUAACAAAGAUCUCGUUUCCAUCGCGGUACAGCACGCUGAAGACCGCCCCAAGAAGUCUCACAGGGGUUCCGCACAACCAGUUGUUCUCAGCAAGGAAGACCUCAACUCUGGAGGUGUUGCCACCGUGUUAUAUCUGCAAGGAACGGACCUAUACGUCGCUAAUAUUGGAAACGCGGAAGCCAUGGUCAUCCAGACCAAUGGCAAAUACCAAGUACUGACGCACAAACAUGAUCCUGCUCAGCCGAGCGAGCGCUCUCGUAUACGUGAAGCUGGUGGCUGGGUAUCUCGCAACGGUCGCCUCAACGACCUGCUCGAAGUGUCGCGCGCAUUCGGUUAUGUGGACUUGAUGCCUGCUGUCCAAGCUGCGCCGCACGUGCGCCAGAUGACGAUCCAAGAACAUGACGAGAUAAUUCUCAUUGCCACAAGUGAGCUCUGGGAGUACCUUUCCCCUGGCUUGAUUACCGAUGUUGCCAGAUCUGAACGUCUAGAUCUCAUGCGCGCUGCUCAGAAGCUGCGAGACCUGGCCAUGGCUUAUGGAUCUUCGGGUAAGAUAAUGGUCAUGAUGAUUAGCGUUGCCGAUUUGAAACGCAGAAUGGAGCGAUCUAGACUACAUCGUGGCACCAGCAUGUCACUUUAUCCGUCUGGCGUUCCUGACGAUGCGCAGGUUCUUUCUACGAGAAGAGGACGCAAGACAAAAGGAGACGUUCUCGACUCGUCACUUAAUCGUCUGGAGGCUGAAAUACCUGCGCCGACUGGCAAUGUAUCCAUUGUCUUUACCGAUAUCAAGAAUUCCACCAAUCUCUGGGAAAUGUACUCGAGCGCCAUGCGAUCCGGUAUCAAGCUCCACAACGAAGUUAUGCGACGACAGCUGCGGCGCAUCGGUGGUUAUGAAGUCAAAACGGAAGGUGAUGCCUUCAUGGUGUCUUUUCCAACCGCCACAUCUGCGCUGCUGUGGUGCUUUGCCGUUCAAAAUGAACUCCUAGAGGUCACCUGGCCGUCGGAGAUUCUGAGCUCCAUGUCUGGUCAGCCAGUAUACGAUAAGGAUAACACUCUGAUCUUCAAGGGCUUGUCGGUGCGCAUGGGUAUUCACUUUGGUGAUUGUGUGAGCGAGACUGACCCAGUCACCCGUCGCAUGGACUAUUUCGGCCCCAUGGUCAAUAAGGCGUCACGUAUCUCGGCAGUAGCCGACGGUGGUCAAAUUACUGUGUCAUCCGACUUUAUUUCCGAGAUUCAACGAUGCCUUGAAAACUAUCAAGAUACCGACCGCUUCGGUUCUGCAGGAUCUGAAGAAGGAUAUGAUGACGAAUCAUAUGCCAGCGCUAUUCGCAAAGAUCUUCGCAGCCUGACGUCGCAAGGUUUCGAAGUCAAGGAAAUGGGUGAGAAGAAGCUCAAGGGUCUCGAAAACCCUGAAACCGUCUACUCACUGUAUCCCCACGCACUGGCCGGCCGCACCGAGUUCCACGCGCAGCACGAGCGUCGCGAUGAGCUUGAGAAGCCCGCUGCCGUGGUCCCUGGCGGCGACCUGUCUUUUGACCCGGAAAACAUUUGGGCGCUUUGGAAGAUCAGCCUACGUCUGGAGAUGCUGUGCAGCACGCUGGAAGAGGUGCGCGGCCCGGGCUUGCAACCACCCGAGACGGAGUUGAUGGAGCGUCUGAAGUCACGGGGCGGCGAGAUGACGGAGCGCUUUCUCGUUAAUUUCAUGGCGCACCAGGUCAGCAGGAUCGAGACGUGUGUUUCUACGCUAGCCAUGCGUCAUCUCGCCAGUGGCAACAUUGUGCUGAAGGAGCUCAACGAGCUGCGGGCACCCAUGGCCGCCAUCUUUGAUCAUUUCAGGCAGCAGCAGGACGAGCUUGCGCGAUACAAGGCCCUCUACGGCCCGCUUCCCGACGAGAAGACGAAGCAGAUCGAAGGCGGCAAGGACCAGACAUAUCAGAGCCUCCAAAACACUUUUCUAGAUAUCUGA